GGUAUUGUGUAUCAAAAUAACAGCUAACGUUAGCUAAUGCCACUAAUAGUAACCUUCUUUAACUGUCUGUGAGAGUAACCGUUAAGUGUAGCGAGACAUCUUAGUAAAAAUCGAUCAUUUGUAAACUACAAAUCCAUGGAAAAUACAUUAUCAACGCUGAAUAUUAGCGGCACGUAAUUUGGACCCCAGAGGUAAUGCUGUGUGAUGAUUAACGAUAUCAUAGCUAGCUAGCUAGCUACAUUUAUCACAGACAUUUUUGGGGCGUUUUGUUUUUUUGCCCUUGAAUGUAAUACUAUAAGAUAUCAUACAGUGACCACAGUCUAUGUAAGAUACACAUAUGAGUAUUAUAUGUUUUUGUUAAACCGUCGACAAGACGGAUAAUGAAAACUACCUCUACCAACCAUAGACUGUUAAAGAAGCGCUCAGUGAACAGCUGUGAAUAGUAGCAAAUACCCUACGAGAACGAUCCGAUUCUUUUCAACAGCUAUUUUUGGUACGAUAGAAAGAGCACCGAGUCAUAGUCCUACGUGGUGAGAGUCGUUCUUGCCUACCCUAGAUCCGCUCUCCUUUGCUAAACUUAGAUAGAAAGACAUGAUAAAGAGAGAUGUAAGACAUCUUAGAUGUGUUUGGGUAAAUCAAAAUGGGUCAAACUCGAAAACGCAGCGGAAUUUUGAUGCACUUCAGCAAUAAAGGCAACGAUAAAGCGGAGUGUAAUGUUUGCCGAUCAAACUUGUCAUAUAAAGCAGGGUCAACAAACAAUCUUCGCCGCCACUUAAAUUCCCAUCAUCCAUGGGUGCAAGUAGCCGAGGAUGUGAGAAGACGACGAAGUCACAACGAUAAUGAUGAGCAAGAAAACGCCGCAUCAGUGGAAGUGACUCUGGAGGACUCUGACACCCAUACCACCGUGAUGGAUGCUGAUAAUAGUUCUGCCAUUAACGGCAUCCUGGACGCUGCACAAGGAAGUCUAGCAGAAGAAAUAACACACGAAGAGGAGAGUGAUGACCGCUCUGUGAAAUGUAGACAGAAAAAACGCAGCUUGGUUUGGAGGCACUACGAGUACCUGGACAGUUUGGCUGCUGCUCGUUGCCGCAUUUGCAUGAAGAAGUUACAGUGCUCCAAAGGCAGCAGCACCAGCAACCUGCAUCGCCACUUGUCAAAUCGACACCCGGGGGUCUUUUCUCAGCUGGUAGCAAUCAAGCAGCACCCAUCACCACCCCACUCAUCACAGGGCUCAAAUGCCAACAGUGACACAUCAACACCACCCGAAACUGUCGGGGCGCCAAAGAAGCAGAGACAGUUUUCUGUGGAAGUGACUCUAGAGGACUCUGACAUCCAUACUACAGUGAAUGAUGCUGAUGUUAAUUCUGCAAUUAACGGCAUCCUGGAAGCUGCACAAGGAAGUCUAGCAGAAGAAAUAACACACGAAGAGGAGAGUGAUGACCGCUCUGUAAAACGGAAACGGAAUAAACGCAGCUUGGUUUGGAGGCACUACGAGUACCUGGACAGUUUGGCUGCUGCUCGUUGCCGCAUUUGCAUGAAGAAGUUACAGUGCUCUGAAGGCAGCAGCACCGGCAACCUGCAUCGCCACUUGUCAAAUAGACACCCGGGGGUCUUUUCUCAGCUGCUAGCAGACAAGCAGCACCCAUCGCCACCCAACUCAUCACAGGGCUCAAAUGCCAACGUGGAAGUGACUCUUGAGGACUCUGACACCCAUACCACCGUGAUGGAUGCUGAUAAUAGUUCUGCCAUUAACGGCAUCCUGGACGCUGCACAAGGAAGUCUAGCAGAAGAAAUAACACACGAAGAGGAGAGUGAUGACCACCCUGUGAAACAGAGAAGGAAUAAACACAGCUUGGUUUGGAGGCACUACGAGUACCUGGACAGUUUGGCUGCUGCUCGUUGCCGCAUUUGCAUGAAGAAGUUACAGUGCUCCAAAGGCAGCAGCACCAGCAACCUGCAUCGCCACUUGUCAAAUAGACACCCGGGGGUCUUUUCUCAGCUGGUAGCAGUCAAGCAGCACCCAUCACCACCCCACUCAUCACAGGGCUCAGGUGCUAACAGUGACACAUCAACACCACCCGAAACUGUCGGGGCGCCAAAGAAGCAGAGACAGUUUUCUGGCAAAUUGAAAGUUUCAAGAGCUUCCGAAGGAGAAACACGUGUGUUAAGGAGAGAGCGGGAACUGAUAGAAGCUCUGAGGAGAGUGCAGAAGGAGGAAGCUCGGGCUGUGGAGCAUCAGAGGGAGCUGCUCGAGAAUCUGCGUGCAGUGAAUGCCAGGGAGGCAGCUGCAGAGAGGCAGCAGAUUGAGUCACUGAGGAAAGCACAGCUAGAGGAAGCCAAAGACUUGAGUAGACAAAGAGAAGAGGUCCAGAAGGAAAAGACACAGCUGCAGAAGAAAUGGGAAGAGCUUCAGCAGGAAAGAGAAGAACUUGUCUUGUUGUUGUCCAAAGAACAGCAAGCCUCCUGAUCAUUUCAAAUUGUCUAUAAAUGCUUUUGGACAAAUUCAAACAUGAUGAUGUAGAAAUGUAAACUCCCCUUUUAGUAAAAUAUCUUUUGCAAACAAUCAAUGGACAGUAGUUUUUGUCAAAGCUGUGUUGCACUGCUUCUUUCUUCCUCUUCUGCCCACUCUGGUCCUUUCUCAUUGUGUGAUGUCCUGAUAUCACUCUGGUAUCAGAUGAGUAGACAUCCAGGACAAACCUCUCCCACCACCACAACCACCUCAACCUGCAGUCCCGCACUCACUAAUGGCUGCAACAAACAAUUUUCAAAUGAAUAUAGUAGAUUAGCCAUGACAAUGUAUGCGUUGCUUCUCACUCAAGUCUGCAGACAGGCUCAGUUGCA